UUCAGCCGUUACCCUGGAGACCAAGCUAAACAACCGCUGCUGCUCGUGAGUUUGUAAUUUUGCCACUUUGAGUAUUGAGCUAGCUUAAAUCCAUAAUGAGUAGCGAUUACUACGAGACGCUGGAAGUAAACAGAAAUGCAACAGACGCAGAAAUCAAACAGGCAUAUCGGCGUCUUGCGUUGAAGUUUCAUCCGAGCAGAAAUAGAGAGGCUGGGAGCGCUGAGAGGUUCAGUCAGCUGGGUGAAGCCUACGAUGUUCUGAGCGACCUUCGAAAAAAGGCAACCUAUGACAAGUUUGGCGAGGAGGGUCUAAAAGGGGGUAUCCCACCUGAGUUUGGCAACACUGGAGCUUGGUCAUCAAAGUACAUCUACCACGGGAACCCGCAGAAAACCUUCAGACAGUUUUUUGGAGGCGACAACCCGUUUGCAGACUUCUACACAAAUGAUGCUCCACUUCAGUUUGGAGGCCUGCAACCAGGAGUGGUGAAGACCCAAGACUCCGCUAUAGAGAGAGACCUUCACUUGUCACUGGAUGAUCUCUUCCACGGAUGCACAAAAAAGAUUAAGAUAUCUCGCAGGGUUAUGAAUGAGGAUGGAUACACAUCCAGCAUCAAAGACAAGAUCCUGAGUAUAGAUGUGAAACCUGGAUGGAAAGAAGGCACAAGAAUCAUUUUCCCCAAAGAGGGAGAUCAGGGCCCAAACAGCAUCCCUGCAGAUAUCGUGUUCAUAGUGCGACAGAAGAGUCAUCCUCAGUUCAUCAGACAACUCAAUGACCUGAUCUACAAGACCCAGAUCUCUCUGGAGAUGGCUUUGACGGGGUUCUCUAUGGAUGUGGAGACACUAGAUGGCAGGCUGCUCAGCAUUCGCAUCAACGACAUUGUACACCCUUCAUACAAAAAAGUGGUGACCGGAGAGGGAAUGCCUCUGUCCCAGGAUCCUGCCCAGAGAGGAAACCUCGUCCUCACAUUUGACAUCCAGUUUCCCGAGACGCUGUCCACUGAGGGAGCACAGCUGAUCAAACAAGCUCUCAAUUUGAAAUAUUGAUCACAUGUUAAGUGAUUGAUGCAGUAACAUUUCUGUCAUGAGAAACAAGGGUAUCAAAUAACUGUACUCUAAAUUGAAAUAUACAGUAGGGGACAACAGAAAGUAAAGAGAUGCCACAAUAUCA